CACACCAACACUUGUCAAAAGAACAACACCAGAACGACAAGGAGGGAGAAAAUUCCAAGUAUCACACUUGUUUCCUCUCCUUUCAUUUGCAUCAUAUCGCUAAUGGGAUGGUGACGAAGGAGAGAAGAGAUGAAUGCCAAGUUUGAAAUUGCUCAGCAUAGGCUGAUCAAUCAUGCUUUGAGUUGUUUGUCGAGGUUUGGAGAGCAAUUGAGUAUACUGUGUCUACGUCAUGGAGAGAAAGAGCAUGUGAUGCGUUUAUCCAGCAUGGCAUCUAGUCAAUCGGCGUUUUGUGCUUUCAUGAUCAGAGCAGAGUUUUUCCAAAUAUAUGAAAUACAGCAAGGCAGGAGGCGGAUUGAUCUCCAACUGCCAAUCAGGAGCGUACAAUCAGUUUUGAAUCGCUACAACAAUAAGCACCUUCAAUCGUGUGAGCUGGAAGUCAGUGAAGGAGAACAUGAAUGCCGUUUAGCAAUCCGAUUGCAUGGGGACAACGGCACUAGCAAGACACACAAGCUUACCUAUGAGGUAGCACCAUGCCUAUUCCCAAAAGAUCAAGCAAGCGCAAUGAAUCACAUAGUCGCAAGUCCAAAGACGAUUCAAGAUCUUUUGGACUUUUUCGCAAACAAGGUGAAUGGUGAAAUCACUAUGACAUGCACCGAGAGAGGCUGCAGCUUGAGCAGCAGGGGAGAUGAAGUGGCUGAUUCGCGUCAACGUAACAUACUGCAAACCGAAGUUCAUGUGCCAAAAGGAUCUUUUCAAACAUACGUGAUCGGACAAGAAGUUGAGAUGACCUUCAGCUUACGCGAAUUCCGUGCGCCUGUCGCUUUGGCCGAUCAUCUACAAUGCCCUCUUGAGAUGCGUUUUGAGACGGCUGGCUAUCCUUUGAAUAUGCAAGUGAAAGUUCAAGGAAUGACUGCACAGGUCUUUUUAGCAACUUCUGAACCUGAUUUUCCAAAAUUGACAAAUACAAAUCGAUCAGUAUCUGCAGAUACAUCGAGCUAUACACAUGCUAUGCCGUCACUCAAUGGACAUGUUGGACUGCCCAAUGGUCAUUCAAAUCCAGCCGCACAGUUGCCAGAAUCAGACAAUAGCAUUAAUUUGCAGCCUAUCUUUACCAGAAGUCAAGAUGAUUCCAGAGUGGAGCAGAAUGAAAUACAUCAAGAGCAAGACCUAUUUCGCCAGUAUGAUGACGACCAGAGUGCUAUGGGCAGUCAAGUACCUCAAGCUACUCCGAUGCAAGAAACACCCCUAGAAACGUCUACACUGCCAACCCAGCCUAUGGAAUCAACACCUCUACCUCCACCAGCAGAGAGUAUGCAAAUGACGCCAUCUCAACCUCAACCUAAGGAGAAGGAAGAUGCUCCUCAAGUUGUAGAAGAAGUAGAGAAGGAAAUGGGAAAAUCAGCAGAUACAGGCUUUUCAUCAUUGUGGCAUGAACGAGAUACAACGUUUGAGGAGGAAGAAGAAGCCAGAAGAGAAGAAGAAGGAGAAAAUGAAGAUGACUCGUUGACCCUCAGUGAAAAUGAAGAAUUCGUUCCUGGCACUCAAGAUGGUGGUAGUGCAUCAAACAAGCGUCCGCGAUACAAUCCGCUCUUGUAGAGAGAACCUGUCGCAUUCAAGGAAAUUAGAAAAUAUUCUCUGUAUCAUACUCCACGACAAGCAUGUAGAUUAGUUGAUGUAUACCAGAUGAUUCCCAUUGUACAUUAACAGAAACAAGAGGUGUUAUUUCCGCUUUGAGA